AUGGACCAACAAGGCCAGUCCGGGGUCCCCGGCCCAGCCGGCCGCCGGCUCCAUAUAGCUCAUCGGAGAAGUCCAUCUGAGCUCACUCCUUUGAUGAUGGAACAACUAGCGAUACAACAGCAGAUUGAGCUGCUCCAGCAGCAACAACAGCAAAUUGCCGCUACCCACCAGCAAUAUGUCAACAUGGGACUCUUGCAACCCCAGCAACCCCUCGGUCAGGUUUCUGGGUACUCUCCCACAAUGCAAGGACAGGGAGGCGUUUCUCCCCAGGUUAAUGCAUUUCAAUUCCCGCAAAUGCAACAACAACAACAGCUCGGGAUCCCGGUAAACAAUGGGCACUCUCAUCGUCGUAAUCAGUCUGCCCUCCCAGGCAUGGGAAUGGGUCCUCCCCCCGCGCCCUCAUCCGGUGCGUCCGGGUCAGCGUUUGCAGACAUUCACCAAGGUAACCAAAAUCGCGAAAAUGGUGGCCCAUCUCGGGGACGCGGCGCUCCAGCCGGAGGUGGCCAUCAACGCCGUCAUUCUUUAGCUCUCCCCGAAGCGAAGAAAGCUGCAGAGUUAGCACAACAGAAGCGAGCCACUGCCGGUUUUCAAUUUCCUGCUCCAAGCCCUGGAGGAUCCGGUAACGCGACCGAUAGUCAAUCUCCCGAGGAAAAGCCGAAGGCACCGCAAGGCUUAGGCUUACAACGUGCCGGCGGAAACUUCCGUGGUGGUGCUCAUGGGCGAAGCCAGUCUAUGGCCGUUGGCCGAGGAGCAGCUGGCUUCCAGUUCCCCAUUCCAGAAGGUGGACAAGCCGAUGCCCCUAAGCGUGGUCACGGCCGAACGCAGUCAAGAAACUUUGACGGCAAUUGGAGACAACCAAAUAACAACAAUAAUAAUAAUCAAGAUCAGCUAAAGUCCAACCAAGGACUCAACCAACAAGGUGGCGGUGGUUUCCAGCCAGGCCAUCGUGCGCGACCAUCUAUGAACCAGUCCAUUGGCUCCAUUGGUCAAUUCCAGUAUAAUCAACCACAACUCCUUCAGCUCCCCCAGGGUCAAGUCGUUAUGGCCCCGCAGCUAUUUAAUGGUCAACAACUCAAUCCUCUCCAGCUCGCUCAAAUCCAGGCUAUGCAACAAAGUGGCCAAAUCAACGGCCAAAUUGGUCUUCAGGGUAGCCAGCAUGCACCUCAACAGCUCACCGCUCAACAGCAGCAGCAACAACGCAAGACGCUUUUUACUCCCUAUCUUCCCCAAGCUAACCUUCCUGCGUUACUAAGUAACGGCCAAUUGGUUUCGGGCAUUCUGCGAGUGAAUAAGAAGAACCGAUCCGACGCAUAUGUUACAUGCGCUGAUCUUGAUGCCGAUAUUUUCAUUUGCGGUAGCAAGGAUCGCAAUCGCGCCCUGGAGGGUGACUUUGUCGCUAUAGAGUUGUUGGAUGUAGAUGAAGUUUGGGGUCAAAAACGGGAAAAGGAAGAGAAGAAGAAACGCAAAGAUAUCACCGAUACCAGAUCAGGUGAUAAGGUGUCUCGAUCUGAUUCCGGUGCCAAUGGCGAUAACCAACAAGUCGGUCCUGAUGGUAGCAUCCGUCGUCGUGGCAGUCUACGCCAGCGCCCUACGCAGAAGAAAAACGAUGAUGUGGAAGUUGAAGGUCAAAGCCUUCUACUAGUUGAGGAGGAUGAAAUUAGCGAUGAACAGAAGCCUCUCUAUGCUGGUCAUGUCGUUGCCGUCAUCGAACGAGUCGCCGGUCAAAUGUUCUCGGGAACGCUUGGCCUUCUUCGACCAAGCAGCCAAGCCACAAAGGAGAAGCAAGAAGCUGAACGUGCCGCUCGUGAUGGUGGGCAUGGUCGUCAUCAAGACCGCCAGCAAGAUAAACCUAAGAUUGUGUGGUUUAAGCCUACUGACAAACGUGUGCCAUUGAUUGCUAUCCCAACUGAACAAGCUCCCCGUGAUUUCGUUGAGAAACAUCAAGACUACGCGAACCGCAUUUUCGUCGCCUGUAUCAAGAGAUGGCCUAUCACUUCCCUUCACCCAUUUGGAACUUUGGUGGAGCAACUGGGUGAAAUGGGCGAUUUGAAGGUUGAAACCGACGCCCUCCUUCGUGACAACAACUUUGCGGCCGACGAGUUCUCAGAGGCCGUGUUGAAGAACGUUGGCUGGGAAGAUUGGACUACAGCCUCUGAAGGCGAUGCAUUAUUAGCAUCUCGUCGUGAUUUCCGGGACGAGAAGACCUUUACCAUCGAUCCUACUGGCACCAAGGAACUAGCUGCCGCUUUUCACAUAAAGAAUCUCGCUGAUGGCAAGAUUGAACUUGGUGUCCACGUAGCUGACGUGGCGCAUUUCGUGAAACAGAACUCGCUCGUGGACCGGGAAGCGAAGAAGAGAGGCACGGGUGUGUAUCUUCUGACCCGCGUUGUUAAUAUGCUGCCAGCCCGCCUAUCAACUGAGUUUUGUUCCUUGCUUCCAGGCGAGGAACGUUUGGUUGUCAGUGUUGUCUUCCAGGUAGAUCCCACCAAUGGUGCGAUUGAUGACAACGUUUGGAUUGGAAAAGGUGUCAUCAAGAGCUCUGGCAAGCUCAGCUAUGAUGACGUCGAUGCCGCAAUCAAUGGAAAUUCCAAUGUUUCCUUACAAGGUGCUAGUGCUGACGAGAUCCGUCUUCUAGGAUCUAUUACUACCAAAUUCAAGGAAACCAGAUUCGGUAACCGUGCAACUAACAUCCCAUCAUUACGUCUUUUCUAUCAACUCGACGAUGAAAACAUGCCGGUUGAGCACAACAUAUUCAACUCUUCCCCUGCGCACGAACUUAUUGAAGAGCUCAACCACAAGGCUAAUUUCUUCGUUGCACGCAAGCUCUUCGCAGCAAUGCCUGACAAGGCGUUCCUUCGACGCCAAGCUGUUCCCAACUCCCGCAGACUUCAUACAUUCGUUGAAAGGAUGAACCGAUUGGGCUUCGACUUUGACCCAACUAGCAGUGGAACCUUGCAAGCCAGUCUUUUCAAGGUGGAAGAUGUAGAUAUUCGCAAGGGUAUGGAAACUGUUUUAAUCAAAGCAAUGCAACGCGCCAAAUACUUUGUUGCUGGUAACUUGACUGAGGCCCAACGCCAGCACUACGCGCUUAACUUACCCAUCUAUACCCACUUCACAAGCCCUACUCGACGUUAUGCCGACAUUAUCGUGCACCGUCAACUGGAUUCCAUCUUGUCUGAUGGAGCGAUUGAGUUUUCCGAAGACAUCGACACAUUGACUAAGACCGCCGAGCAAUGUAAUAACAAGAAGGACUCGGCUCACAACGCUCAAGAACAGAGCGUCCACAUUGAGUCGUGCCGUGUUAUGGAUAAGAAGAGGCAGGAAAUUGGCGGUGACCUUAUCAGCGAAGGAAUCGUUCUUUGUGUGUAUGAAUCGGCCUUUGAUGUUCUCCUUCCUGAAUUUGGCUUUGAAAAGCGCGUGCAUUGUGACCAGCUUCCAUUGAAGAAAGCAGAGUUCCGCAAAGAAACCCGUGUUCUUGAGUUGUACUGGGAGAAGGGUGUGCCAUCCUCGGCCUACAUUCCCGAAGAUGAGCGCCCCAAUGCAAGCAGCUCCAGAGCAGCCCAUGCUGCCGCUGCUGCUCAGCAAGCAGAGGCAGCUCGUGAGCGUGCCAGAGAACGAGACGAGGCUCAGCGCAAGCAGACUGAGACUGGCACUAUGUCGACCGAUGAUGUUGAUGCCCUUUUCGAUGAUGAUGAUGACAUGUCCGAAGUGACAGAAAUGGCUGCUGGCGUGUCUCUCAACUCUUCUGCCGAUCGAACAACUCACAGCAUGCCGCCAUCGCCCACUCGUAAUGACCACUCUGACCAGGCUCCACAUCGCACUCGCUCUGACCCCAAGAUUACUAUAAGUGCCAGCGAAACGCCGGAGGCCAAGCUGACAAACAAAGAGAAGUAUCUGGACCUGUUCAAGCUUCGUGAGGAAGACGGCGAGUACAUUCAAGAUGUGACCGAGAUGACUCGUGUUCCUAUUAUCCUCAAGACUGAUUUGAGCAAGAGCCCACCGUGCUUAACUAUUCGUUCUGUCAACCCGUAUGCUCUUUAA